AUGAAAUGUGGAGUAAGCCCUAGGACCCUGGUCAGCUCUAGUCUCAACGUUGGAAGUUUACUCGCUUAGAGGGUUAUUCUGAUACGAGACGCGGCGCGGCGGGGGGGGGGGGGGGGAGGACCCUGUACAGAACCCGACAAGGGAUGUGAGUCGUGAGGCUCGGGCUUAUCUGGCGCCUGGCAGCGAGGGGCGGGCCCUGCACGCAAGCGUUGUAAACUAGCGGGGCAGGCGCAGUGCGCACGGUGGCAGCGACGGCGACAGCAGUAGGUUCCAGAAGCUGAUUCAGUUCUCCGUCUGCCAUGGCCCGGGGAUUGCCCAGUACUGCCUGUUUGGCACGCUUCUGCCAGAAACUGAACCGUCUGAAGCCAUUGGAAGAGUCUAGCAUGGAGACAUCACUGAGGCGCUGCCUGUCCACUCUGGACUUGACCCUACUGGGUGUGGGUGGCAUGGUGGGAUCUGGGCUCUAUGUGCUCACAGGCACAGUGGCCAAGGACAUGGCUGGCCCUGCUGUGCUCUUGUCCUUUUUGGUGGCUGCUGUAGCCUCCCUGCUGGCGGCCCUAUGCUAUGCAGAGUUUGGAGCCCGUGUACCCCGUACUGGCUCAGCAUACCUAUUCACCUAUGUGUCCAUGGGGGAGAUAUGGGCAUUUCUCAUAGGCUGGAAUGUGCUUCUGGAAUACCUCAUUGGAGGUGCCGCUGUAGCCCGUGCCUGGAGUGGCUAUUUGGAUGCCAUCUUUAACCACAACAUUCGCAACUUCACAGAGUCUCACCUGGGCGUCUGGCAGGUGCCCUUCCUAGCUCACUAUCCAGAUUUUCUGGCCGCUGGCAUUUUACUUGUGGCUUCUGCCUUUGUCUCCUGUGGAGCCCGAGUCUCCUCCUGGCUUAACCACACGUUCUCAGCCAUCAGUCUGAUAGUGAUCCUCUUCAUCAUCGUCCUGGGUUUCAUCCUGGCCCGUCCUCACAACUGGAGCGCAGAAGAAGGUGGUUUCGCUCCCUUCGGCUUCUCUGGCAUCCUGGCUGGCACAGCCACCUGUUUCUAUGCCUUUGUGGGCUUUGAUGUUAUUGCUGCCUCCAGUGAGGAGGCCAAAAACCCACGGUGGGCGGUGCCCAUGGCCAUCGCCAUCUCCCUCAGCCUAGCGGCUGGUGCCUAUAUUCUGGUCUCCACUGUGUUAACCCUCAUGGUACCUUGGCACAGCCUAGACCCUGACUCGGCGCUUGCUGAUGCUUUCUACAGGCGGGGUUACAGCUGGGCUGGCUUCAUUGUGGCAGUUGGCUCUAUCUGUGCCAUGAACACUGUCCUGCUCAGCAACCUCUUCUCCCUGCCGCGCAUCGUCUACGCCAUGGCUGCUGACGGGCUCUUCUUCCAGGUGUUUGCCCGUGUGCACCCCCGGACACAGGUGCCUGUGGUAGGAAUCCUGGUGUUCGGGGUCCUCAUGGCUCUCCUGGCACUGCUGCUGGACCUCGAGGCACUGGUCCAGUUCCUAUCCAUCGGCACCCUGCUGGCCUAUACCUUUGUAGCCACCAGCAUCAUUGUGCUGCGUUUCCAGAAAGCUUCUCCACCCAGCUCCCCUUGCCUAGCCAGCCCUGGCCCCACAGCUAAGAAGUAUGACUCCUUCUCAGACCAUAUACAGUUAGUGGGUGCUGCGGAGACCUCAACAUCUGAGCCUGGGCAGCUGCGGCCAGCCCUGAAGCCCUUCCUGGGCUUUCUGGAUGGAUGCAGCCCUGGAACUGCCGUGGCCUGGGCGCUCGGCAUCUUGAUAGCCUCAGCUAUAUCUCUGGCGUGUGUGCUGGUCUUCGGGAACUCAGACCUGCACCUCCCACAGUGGGGCUAUGUCUUGCUGCUGGUUGUCAGUGGUGCUGUCUUUCUGUCCAGCCUCCUGGUCCUGGGGGCUCAUCAGCAGCAAAAGAAGCAAGAUACUUUCCAGAUCCCUUUGGUGCCCCUGACUCCAGCCCUGAGCAUCCUUCUCAACAUUUGCCUCAUGCUGAAGCUGAGCUACCUGACCUGGCUACGCUUUAUCUUCUGGCUGCUGGUCGGACUUGUCGUGUAUUUUGGCUAUGGCAUCUGGCACAGCAAGGAGAACCAGAGGGAGCCACUGGAGCUGACUACAGCACACUACGUGGUAUUCCCCAGCGGCAGCCUGGAGGAGACUGUGCAAGCUGUGCAGCCCUCCAGUCAAUCACCAGUCCAGGAGUCAGGUUGUACUGAGUAGCCGGCCACGGAGGUCCCCUCAUGGAGGCCCCCACAUCCCCAACAUCCAGAGGCCAGAAGAACUGGCAGCUGCCUACUUAAGAAAGCUUGGGUUUGAAGCCUGCCCAGAAUGGGCUGGGCGUGUUCUCAGAGCCUCAACACAGGAACCGAGUCUUCGGUUAUCAUGGACUAGGCCGAGACUAGUGCUGGUGUGGACUCGGUGCCCACUGUCUUCCUGUUUAUGAUUAACUCUGGAUACCUGGGCAGGUGGGGCAGAGUGGGCAGGGAAGCCGCUUCAGUCCCUGAGACCCAGAAUAAUAACUAAUCAGCUAGCAUUGUGACCAGCUGUCAUGGACACUGUGGUAUUCUUCAUAGCACUGAGUCCUCACCUGCCUGGAGAACCAAGCAGUUGUCCCUAGUCCACAGCAGAGACACAGAAGGUCUGUCAGAGUCUUUCUGAGGAGGAGGGUUUCAUGCAUGAUGUGAAGAGGGGUAUAUGACAAGACAGGAACAGAUUUCUGACAUGUUCUCAGCAGUGCGUGCAUGUGCAUGCGUGUGUGCACACAUGUAUGUUCAUAUGUGAGUUUGAGUACAUGUGUGUGUGUAUGUGUGUGCACGUGUGCAUGUGGUACCUGAGGUGGGAGCCAGGGCCUUGAGAUUGUUAGACAAGCGUUCCACUACUGACAUAUACUCCCCCACACACCCCAGGUCCCUGACAUGUUCUCUAGCAGGGAAUAUCUAUCACAAUCUGGACUUAAAAUGGGUAACUCAAAAGGACAUUGGAUGUCAGGAUCUUUUGAUUUUCCUGGGCUUCCAGGAAAUGUGUGCCCAAGGUCUGCCUAGGGCCAUUGAAAUGCACUGAACAAGCAAUGCCCCCAAGACACUCUCCCAGCACAUUCUGCACGCCCGGGCAGCCACCCUUGUAGUACACACUAUGUACAGACUGAGUUGACCAAUGUUUCCAAAUUCCGGCUCCUGGACACAGCUCACUCUCUUAUUGUCUCCAUAUACCCUGGAAAUGUUUUCAGACGGAUCCCUUGGGUUCUCUGCUACCUAGUAAUCUCCGGGGCAACAGUGUCCCUGGGAGGUGGGCUCAGAUUAGUGCAUGAGUGAUACACUUGGGUAUGCACAGGUACUUGGUCCUGCAUCCACUACUUCCAGCCUACUGGGUGACUGUACGUCUACAGUUCAGAGAAGGAGAAAGCCCUAGGUCUACUCUGAACCUCGCCCCUGGGUCCCCAUGGUCCCCAUUUUCUCGUUCCUCCCUUUAAGGACUACACAGGAAGCUGCUGGCUUUGGCAAGCUUUACUUCAGCAGUGAUAUCAGGGUUCUUUGGGUCCCCCUCCCCCCAGGACUACUGUGUCCACGUGAACCACCUCCAGGAGCCGUGCCUUCCCAUCCUAGCCCUUUGCAGGUCAUAGUCCUGAGAGUUGAGCGGCACCGGGAACUCCGAAGGUUUUUUCGGAGGCUGUGGAAGCCCGGGAUCCCAGCUGUCGCUGCUGUUUUCACUUCAGCCUUGGUUCUCCCUCGGUGACCACACAGGCACAACAAAACUGCCUCUUUACUUCCUAAACUGUGCCCGACACUUGGACCAAGAACAUCUCUGCAGCCUGUCCUUGCCAUCCUUUCUAUGGCUCUGGUACAUGGGGAGAGUCUCACUGAGGGAAGGACCAAGGCCUCGCAUGGUUAUAGAUCCAGAACCAGCCAGCCUGUGCGCUUCACGGAGAUUGUACCUCAAAACUAUGGCACUCUGGCUGGGGUCAGAGUUAAGGCUCUGGCAGGCAGGGGCUUCAGAGUCGGUUGAGGUUUCCAGGACUGACUUGAUGGCCGUAAAUCCUAGACAUGCAAUUUCUCACACCUUAGGCUCCUGAGAAACCUGGUAGCCAGGGCCAGGGUGGGGAUGGAGGGCUUGAACUGGAUGGCAGAGUCUCCCCCAGCAGACAUAUAGAAGGUUCCAAGGAUGCCAGCCACCACUCAUUCAGCCACAUUGCCCCCCUACCCCUCUGGCUGAACCUAGGAGAGAGUCUGCAUUCGGGAGUCUGUCAGAAUUAUCCCAACCCCCUCUCCAGUCCUGCUGAAGCUUUGUCCACCAUGUUCCCAAGCCAGAACCCUCCUCCUCCCCAAGCCCUACACUUUAACCAGCAGGGAGAGGGUGUAAGCCCCGGGAAUGAACAGGCCAGUGGGUGACAGCCAUCCAAACAGGCCACCGGUGCAUGGAAGCCUGGAUCCCAGGAGCAGCAGACAUGGGGCAGGUGCAAACCACUCCUAGGACACUUGGGCAACAGGGUUAGCAGGUGAGAAGGCUGGCUCUGGUCUACGCACUGUUGGUAGUUGUCUUUGGGGCUCUUGCCUACCAAAUCAACAGAUUAGGAAUCAAGCUAACAUCCCCCUGAGUGGGGCAGAACCCAGUGUUUAGGCAGCGUGACCUCAGCUCUGGGACGCAAGCAGGCCCACAACUCACCUCUUCAUAUUUGGUCCUCCAGUAGAAACCGGCCUCUCUAUCCACGUACAGUAGCAGCAGGUCACAGAGGAAGGUGACCUGGAAGAGGCAGGACCUACCAUGUUCCAGAGUUCUCAACUUGCCCUCCCUCCCUCCACCAGCCAAGCCCCCUCCCAAGAAAAAAAUAUGCAGAUCCAGCAGGUGCCAGCAGGCCCUGGCUGGCAGUUACUGCGGCCAAAGAGAACCGUAGGUGAUUAAACUCACCAUGCCCAGCCAAGCUGCUCCUGUGCCCACUGUGAUGGCCGUAGGGAUGAGCGCAAACUUCCCUGCCUGAGAGACCUGGGAUGAAGCUCUCAGACUGAGGCUGUGCUCCCAAACCUCCACAAAUCCUUCCCCUGGUCUGAACUUUACCUGCCCAGUGACAAGAAUGUCAAAACGGAUUCCAUAGAGCUUGAGCAGGCUCCGGGUCUCCACACCUGAGGCUGCCCACCAGUGAUUGGCUGUCCUGGGGAUAGCAGAGAAGACUCGUAUACAGCAUUCCAGGCUAGUUUAUCCAUGGACUCUACCUGGUCCUGAGUCCCAAGGCUCCACAUAGAUUUUAAGGACAGCGAAAACAAAUCAGAACAUGAGCAGGGCCUGACUGAAGGGAGAGCCCUGCUUCUGAGAGUCAGAGAGAGGCACAAAGCAUGCGGAUAUAGAUCUUGGCAGCACGGGUCUGAGAGAAGGAAGGCAGAGUAGCUGUGAGUGCUGGAGAACUCUCCGGGGAAGAAAGCGAUGCCGGUGCUGAUGCGGGUGCUGAUGCAGGUGCUGAUGCGGGUGCUGAUGCGGGUGCUGAUGCGGGUGCUGAUGCGGGUGCUGUGGCAGGCUUCAGAAGAGGCAUCCCAGCAGAGAGGUGCCAGCAAGGGCCCGAAGGCCGAGAAGCCUUCUGCAGAAGGUUGUACAAGGUGGGGAGCCAAGCACAAUGAGUCACCACCAUUAGACCUAUGGCCACCUGUGCACACCUGCUACUACGUGUAAUAAAAUGAUAUUACGUGGCAGGAGGAGCCCAAGAUUCUCUUGGAAAACUUAAAGAUAUGACAAUGUUUGUAAUUUAAGAUCUCUGGGUGCUUCUGGGAUCAGAAAAUAAAAAAUUCAGGAACACUAAUAACACAGUGGGGGAAAUAUAAAAUGUUAGAUUUAAUCUACCAAUAGCCUUUCCCUACUUCCUUCUUUCUCCUCCCGCCUCUGUCUUCCCCUCCCUCUCUCCCUGCUUCCUCCUCCUCCUCUCCUUCACCAGGUUGCCUCAGACUGGCUACAAGCUAAGGAUGAUUCUGAGCUCCUAAUCCUUCUCUGCCUCCCGAGGGCUGGGAUUAGGGAGGGAUCACAAGCAUGUACCAUGACCACUUAUCCAAGUCCAGAGUUGUCUGUGACAAUGGGACGGUGGUGGAAGUAUUCCUCGACAGUAUUGGGAAGGGUGAGCACCCACUCUCUAAUAUUUACUCUCGAAUACUUCUGAGGCCACAGGUCCAAUCCCUAGUGCUGCCAAGGAAAGAAAAAGCAGCGCUAGAAAACCAGGCAUGGUGAUUUGACUAGGAAAGGCUCCAUAGACUCACGUGUGUGAAUGCUUGGCCCAUGAGG